GCUAGCCUACCUCAAACUACAGACAUCCCAUCCAUUUGAAAGAAUCCACAGAAUGGCAUUCAUGUCUCAGCUCAUCCUCUCGGCCGCCGUCCUCCUCGCCGUACUCGCCGCAACCUCGGCCACCGUCGGGACUCAGUGCGUUCCAGGGUCGGACAUUCCAUACAACCCACUACAAGCAUGCCGCGACCUUUUGUCCACUAAAAUAUGCAGCAUAGGGCCCGUGUACGCCUCCGUCGGGAUGUUGAAGAGACGGUGUUGCAACCAGUUGUCGCGCAUCCCAGCAUACUGCCGGUGCGAGGCGCUGCGCAUCCUCAUGGAUGGGGCAGAAACUCCGCAGGGUGUGUUCGAGGACAUGCCCAGUUGCCCAAGGUUUACCAGGAAGUACACCAUGGGCAUUGUCGACCCGGAUGGGUGCAACUUGGAAACCAUCCACGGCAGCCCGCACUGCCCCACUCCGAUCACUAGGGGACUGGACGUGUAACUUUAAAAAUAGCUCGAUCGUGAAUAACCGUGUUGCAUCGAUCGAUGGAUGAAAUGGCAUACAUGUAUCUGUGCGCAUGUGUGAAAAAUGGCACCAAAGAGCAUCCUAGAGCCUGCUUGUUAA